AUGCCUAACCCACCUGUGAAACUACCAUCGAUCCAUCAUAUUUUAAAUAUCGUUGAUAUAGUGGAGACAGACCAAUACCGCCACAAAUCAUACCCUUCGGUAUCACCCCCAAUUUCACAUUCACCAACACGUGGUUCUUCGAUCUCUGCUAUAUCCGAAUUCAACUUGGCACCACCUCAAACGCCGAUAUUUUAUUCAGGCAGGGUUAGAUCUCCUUCACUUCCACAGAUUCGUUCAUGUCCACAACCUCUACCACGACACCACAGCAUCUCGCAUUUCCAAACGCCAUAUUACGCUGUUACACCAAAGACAAAUGCAGAGGCGACUUCUACCGCAUCGUCAUCAUCGGCUCCAUCCUCAGCGUUUGCCGAUAGCAGUGAGGGACAUGCGCCAAUUUAUUAUCAUCAAGUCUACCAGACAACAGCAGUAACACCUUUACCUUUCGGAAUUGGCGGGGUCGCGCAGACUAGUCCUGUGUUUGGUCCCCAGUCUUGUGAGAUACAUUACACAUUAGAACCCCAUCGAGACUAUGUGCCUAAACAGAUCAUGGCACCAUCUACAACGACGGCGACUACCGUGCAAAUGGAGCCUAUUUCAGCUUCACAAGCAGGCACCGCUAUACCAAAAGUACCCCACAAGGCCUUGAAGUCGGUAGAACAUACUAAGAAACAACAUCGACGUUCCAACUUGCCCAAAGAGACGGUAGAUAUCCUUAAUGAGUGGCUCCGGGACCAUUACGACAAUCCUUAUCCUUCCCCUCAAGAAAAAAAAGAGCUGCUUAAACAAACUGGUUUAAAUCCGGUUCAAUUAUCCAAUUGGUUUAUCAACGUUAGACGGCGUAAGAUUUUCCAAAACUAUUAUAAGCUAUCCAAGAGUUAUAGUGGAAACAUAACAUCACAGUCCCACGCUGAACCGCCUAGAGGGGCUAUCGAAGAAGCUCGUUCUGAUAGUGAAUUAGACAAGCGGUUUAAUAUUGUGCCGCUAACGAGAAGGAAAAAAUUGAUAGAUAGAUUGGAAGAAUUGAAGAACUUGUCUGGUACAAACGUUUAA